GGAGCUCGGGCUCAUCAUGAAACAACGAAAAGGCCAGGGGCCUGGGGGCGGCCGUGAGCGCAAGAAGAGAGGUUUGAGUGACAUUUCUCCAUCUACAAGCCUACCACCUCUGGUUGAAGGUCAGCUACGCUGCUUUCUAAAACUUACUAUCAGUAAAGUCAUAUGGAAGGUUGCAAAGCCUCACACCUGUGUACUUGUCCGAGUGAGAUGGUGGGGAGAAACAUCAGAUGGAACUCUCUUCUGUCCCAGGGACACAUUGCAGACUGAACCAAAAGCUGUGAGAACAACUACACGAUAUGCUAUCCGCUGUGGCCCAAAGCAGUUUACCUCCUAUCUCACGGAUAUGGCUGUGCUGGUGCUGGAAGUAAUCACCAAACUUGAUCAUCUUCCAAUUGGUAGAGUUCAGAUCAGUGGACUAGCUCAGCUUUCACCAACCCAUCAAAUCAAUGGAUUUUUUGCCAUUGUUUCACCAACAUCUAAGAAACUUGGAGAACUUCAGGUCUCACUUGCCCUGGAGCCUCUGUCAGAUACUUACAACAGUUACAAUCCUCAUCUUACCACUGACAUGACAGAAAAUGUGCUUUUAUCUGAGCAGGGAUUCAGAGAGAAUACUGAACCUAGCGAUACCCAAUUUCUGGUUCCAUCAAGGCCUCAUGGGAUACCUACCAGCAAAAUUGAUGGAAAAGAGAUAGCAGCCAAUAGUAGUAGAUCAACCACUCCAAGGGGAAAGGACCACUUGUACUUUGCAGAGAAUCCUGAUAUAAUAAAAGACUCUUUCUUCAGGCUCCAGCACCAUCUUAAUCCCAGACAGAGUUUAGAGUCUGUAACUCUGAGAGGCAAAGCUCCACAGAAGCAGAUGUCUCUUCUCAACAGCUCUGAAUUUCAGCCUCAAAUUAGAACAGUUGCCAAGAGUCAUAGUGACUCAUGCAUUCUUUCUUCAAACAUCCCCCCUACCAAGGACCUUCUUUCAGCUCUGUUAGAACAAGGCAAUAAACUGCGUAAUGCCAUGGUGAUUUCUGCAAUGAAAUCAAGCCCAAAUACUAGCAUGUUGUUGGAAAAAGUUCAUCCUCUGUGAAGGAAGAUUCUCUUAGAGCAUCACCACAAAUCAGAGCCUUUCCUAGCAAUCAAUUUAAAGACCACAUUGAAGAUCACCUCCUCCCUCCAACUGAGAAUACAUUUUGGAAAGAUGAUACAAAAGCUGAUACCAGAGCUAUACAGCUGCUAUUAG